GGCGGGGUUACAAGGCUAGACCAAUGGGAUACGAUAUUGUUGGAAGACACGGCGGCGCAGCCCCCGGAGCGAGCGAAACCAUCGUCGCUGCCGCCACUGCCGCAGGAGGCGUGAGGGGAGAAAAACAUUCAGAUGGCAGAUAACAGUUUUUCAGAUGGAGUUCCUUCAGAUUCCAUGGAAGCUGCCAAAAAUGCAAGUAAUACAGAAAAACUCACAGAUCAGGUGAUGCAGAAUCCUCAAGUCUUGGCAGCUUUACAGGAACGACUUGACAAUGUUUCUCACACUCCCUCCAGCUACAUCGAAACUUUACCUAAAGCAGUAAAAAGAAGAAUUAAUGCAUUGAAACAGCUUCAAGUGAGAUGCGCUCAUAUAGAAGCUAAGUUCUAUGAAGAAGUCCAUGACUUGGAAAGAAAGUAUGCGGCAUUAUACCAGCCUCUUUUUGACAAGAGAAGAGAAUUUAUCACUGGUGAUGUUGAGCCAACAGAUGCGGAAUCAGAAUGGCACAGCGAAAAUGAAGAGGAGGACAAAUUGGCUGGAGACAUGAAGAAUAAAGUAGUUAUAGCAGAAAAAGAAGCAGCAACAGCUGAAGAGCCAAAUCCCAAAGGAAUUCCGGAGUUCUGGUUUACCAUCUUUAGAAAUGUAGAUAUGCUAAGUGAAUUAGUCCAGGAAUAUGAUGAACCAAUCUUGAAACACCUACAGGAUAUUAAAGUGAAAUUUUCAGACCCUGGACAACCUAUGUCUUUUGUAUUAGAAUUCCACUUUGAACCCAAUGACUACUUUACCAAUUCAGUCCUGACAAAAACCUACAAGAUGAAGUCAGAGCCAGAUAAGACCGAUCCCUUUUCCUUUGAAGGCCCAGAAAUCGUUGACUGUGAUGGGUGUACCAUUGACUGGAAGAAAGGGAAAAAUGUUACAGUCAAAACCAUCAAGAAAAAGCAGAAGCAUAAGGGCCGGGGCACUGUGAGGACCAUCACUAAGCAGGUGCCCAAUGAAUCGUUCUUCAACUUCUUCAAUCCACUGAAAGCAUCUGGAGAUGGAGAGUCACUGGAUGAAGAUUCUGAAUUCACGUUAGCCUCUGAUUUUGAAAUCGGACACUUCUUCCGUGAGCGGAUUGUCCCGCGGGCUGUGCUCUACUUCACUGGGGAGGCCAUAGAGGAUGACGACAAUUUUGAAGAAGGUGAGGAAGGAGAAGAGGAGGAAUUAGAAGGUGAUGAGGAAGGAGAAGAUGAGGACGAUGCUGAAAUUAACCCUAAGGUGUAAUUUUUGUCUGUUAAUCAUUCAUACGUUUCUAGAAAGAACCCAGCCAGCCAGCGGAAUGCAAACAGCAGUAAGAAGCGACGGCCCUGAGGGGUGGUGGCUGCCUCGUAGACCAGCUGUCGGGACUCCGGGCCUGCAGGCAGGGGCCUUGGUCCAUGCUGCAGCACAAUCGUAUUGACAGUGCUUAUUACAUCUAACUUGUUUUCAAGUGCAUGGUUUUCACUUUCACUUUUUCCUUAUUAUUUUGCUUAACUUGUACAGUGGCAAUUGAAAUGCAUUUCAGAAAUAGGAGGUUUAGUUCCAGCACCCUCUACGGCCUCGGUGCCUGCAGCUCUGGACUUGCCCAGGCCCUGCUCUUUGGGAGAGUCCUACAGAAUAUGUCGGGAUGGGGGUGAGGGGUUACUUGAUAAAAGGGCAGAGGUCUAGUAAUGUGGUUCCAGGGCAUCUAGAACCUGUUUUAUCGCUCCUACAAUUGGACUAGAUUCUUCUAUUUUGUUUGAAGAAACCCACACACUGUUUCCAGCCUCUCAUCUGCUGGGUGUGAAAGCUGCUUCAACUGUUGUAUUCUCAUCAUCUCAGAAGAGCCACAUGUGUAGAGUAAGGUCAUGUUUUCCUUAGAAUGUUAUUUUUUCUUGGCGUUUUAUUUUUCUAGGGGCUGGGGUGGGGGUUGUGGCGCACACCGACUGAGGUAAGAGCUUUAGUGGUUCACCCUCAUAUUUAUUUAUUCAUUCAUGCUUGUGAGGAGAACUUGGGCUGUUGCUCAUCCUUACAGUCCUAGCUGGAGCGAGGCCUGUGUAGAAGAAACCGCGUUGCUCUCUGCCGCCACAGCUGAGGCAGGAGCUUGUUCUCAUGACAUACAGACCACAUGUUGCUUUGGGAGGGUGCAGGCUGUCACCAGGGAGCCAGACUCAGCACCUUUCUAAGCAGAUCGGGCUGCCAGAGAAGGCUUUUUUAGUUUAGUGUGUGAGCGUCAGGUCUUGCUUCUCAGUAACUCCCAUUUUUGAGUCUCACCAUUCAUUCUGUCUUAAGAGCCCUGGGUUUGGUGUAUCCGGUUGUCAGCUGGCUUGUAGGAUUUCCAAGUGUGAUAGCCGGGGACUGCUGUGUCCACACUGUGACCAGGCGUGUAGAGAGUGCUCAGCCUUACCUUAUAACACAUUUGUAACCGAAUACGGUGUUUUCAAUUUGUACAGAAUAGUUAGAAUAUUCUAUUAAAGUUGUGAAACAUGA